AUGGAUUCGCAGGCGGAGGGGUCAGCAUUCACUGAAGGCGGCGCUGCGAUGAAUAGCUCCAGUAUAGAGAGCCGGUCAGGCGGAGAAGAGUCGGCUGGGCUGUCAGCCGUCCAGGCGAACUCCGGCAUCGUAUAUGACCUCGCUCGGUUGGACGGUGACUCGGAGGCGAGGGCGCUUGUUGGACUGACGAGUCACUUUGAUGUUGUCGGCUGCUGCUCGAUAUCGGGGGGCUAUGAUUUUCAGUUGUCAGAACGGCCGCGGGUUCAUAUCGGAUCUGAUGCUUAUACGUGCACCUGUCUGACCUUCUCGGGCCAUCCUGAGGUGGCCUGCCAGCAUAUUUUCUGGCUUCUUGAUCAGUUACACGGCUGCUUCAUCUCCCAGCCACCCGAAUCUGAUGUGCCGUUGUCAGAAAACGGGUUCUCUGAGGAAUUCCCCCGUAUUGAGCAGCUUCUUGAGGGCAAGCUUGAGGCCGUAGCUGAACAGCUAAACUGGCAGUAUCUUCGCAGCGAGUGGGAGGGGGGCAUGAGUCGCCUCCAGAAAGUGAGAGAUAUCAUUUCCGCCUUUAGUACAUCCACAGUCCUCGAAGACUUUCGCAAUGACCUCGUGGAACAUGCAGAUCAAUCACGCACUCCAGAACAGUGCGUGGUCCAGGGUGAUUUUGAAGCCACCAUGGUACGACUAGCCCUACAUGAUGACGCUGUCUUCUCCAGUCUAUGCAAGGCGAUGCCUCCCGGCGCUUGUGCGGCGAUCUAUUUCGACAAGAUGCAGGAGAAGACGCGCAGGCUCCUGGCUGACUUUGAUCGCUAUUGUCAAGUAGGGCAGCUGCCUGCAGACAGCACGGGUCUGGAUGUCGACGAUGUUGUCGAACAGCUGCAACGAAACGUCAACCGCAUUGAGCAAAACAUCGUUGCCCGCGCACCGCAUGGCAUGGAAGGCGCCGCAAAGGCCCUCGUGACACUGCUCGAGGACAUCUGCAGCCGGAACAAGGAUUCUCUAGACGGUAAUACAUGGGGGCGGGCAACAUUUCACGGAGAGGAUGAGGACCAGCGGAAUCUUUACCACCAGCUCAUCGGCAGAACAGACGAGACCGGGGACUUCUUCAUACUCGAUGCGCUCGAGAAGCUACAGCCCGCGGUUUUGGGUGGAUUCGCAGACAGACUGGGCAGGAUCCUGCAGAAGAACGAGGUGAAUAGAGCUCCCAAAGCCUAUAUUCUGAAGUUGGGCGCUCUAGUACGCCUGGCCGAAUCGACUUCUACUACAUCUGGGCAGAAACGCCCGGCCACGGCUACGUCUGGUGGAGAUACCAAACGCAGUCGAUGA